AUUGCCUCAUUGAGGGGAUUUGUAAAGUGAUAAUAUUCGGAUAGAUUUUAGAGCAUGUUCAUCUAUCUCGAAUUUGUUAUGGAUCAGGUAAAACCCGUCCUGUUUGGGUUGGACUUGGACUGAUCAGAACUAAAGAGCAAUUUUAGAUUUCGGAUAAAACUAAAACAGUUUUUCGAUUUUUUUUUACUAUAUCUCCCUAUUUUAUCUAAAAAUAUUUGUAAAGGGUUAGAAAAAUGGCCCUCCCUGCGCCAGGCUUUCCUACUCGUACUUCCCUCCUUUUUCUUGUUCUUUUGCGUUCAAAUACUCAUGCCAACAAGACUCAACUCCCUCUUCAAAUUCCCCCUGCCUUCCUUCCACUCAGCAACCAUUCCGUCCAAAGCGAUCAAACCGCCACCCCUCUCGCUCCUCGCCGACCGCUGCUCCUCCAUGAAGCAGCUCCUCCAAGUCCACGCCCAGAUGGUCGUGUCCGGCCGCAUCCACGACAACUACGCCGCCAGCCGCCUCCUCGCCUCCGCGGCCCUCUCCCCCUCCGGCGACCUCCACCACGCCCUCGCCCUCUUCGCCCACACCCCCGACCCCAACUCCUUCAUGUGGAACACCCUCAUCCGCGCCCUCGCCGACUCCCCCUCCCCAUCCGACGCCAUCCACCUCUACAUCAGGAUGAAGAUGCUCGGCUUGCCGCCGGGCAAGCACACCUUCCCUUUUGUCCUCAAGGCCUGCGUCAACGUCCAUUCUCUCUCCACCUCCCAGCAGCUCCAAGCACAUAUCUUGAAACACGGUCUGGAUUCGGAUUUGUAUGUCAUCAAUGGGUUGGUGCGCUGCUACGCGGCAUGCGAGCUCGUGCAUGGUGCCCGCCGGUUGUUCGAUGAAGCUCCUGAGAGAAAUUUGAUAAUUUGGACAACGAUGAUCAGCGGGUAUGUUCAUAAUUUCUGCUCCAAUGAAGCUUUGGUUCUCUUUGAUCGGAUGAUUCAGACGGGUGUCGAACCGGGCGAUGCCACUCUGGCGUCGGUGCUGUCGGCUUGUGCCCGAUCAGGUGGGCUGGACUUGGGGAAGCAGAUUCAUUUGUAUAUAAAGGAGAAGGGGAUUGAGGUGGGAGUGAUUCUUGGGACGGCUUUGGUGGAUAUGUAUGCCAAGAACGGUGCGAUCUCGAUCGCGCUUGAAUUGUUUAGGGAAAUGCCAGAGAAGAAUACUGCGACGUGGAAUGCGAUGAUUUGUGGAUUGGCUCACCAUGGACAUGUCAAAGAUGCUCUUGAUCUGUUCUGGGAACUGGAAAAGGCAGCGGUCCGGCCCAAUGAUAUUACUUUCGUCGGUGUCUUGUCGGCUUGUUGUCAUGCUGGAUUACUUGAAGUGGGUCGGCAGAUUUUUGAUUCGAUGAAGAAGGAUUAUGGGAUUGAGCCGAAAGUAGAGCACUACGGAUGCAUGGUUGAUCUUCUAGGGCGGAGCGGGAAGCUGCUGGAGGCAGAGGAGUUGAUUCAGGGAAUGAAAUGGCGAGCAGAUAUUGUGGUCUUGGGAGCUCUGCUGACAGCCUGUAAGAAUUAUGGGAAUAUCGAGAUUGCAGAGAGGGUGGUGCAGGAGAUAAUCAAAUUGGAGCCCGAUAACCACGGGGUGUACAUUGUUCUAUCCAAUAUGUAUGCGGAGGUGGGGAGAUGGCAGGAUGUAGUGAGGUUGAGAAAAGUGAUGAGGGAUGGAGGAUUGAAGAAGAUUCCUGGAUGGAGUUGUGUGGAUGGUGAUCGGUAGUCGAAUGAUUUGUAUGUCUACCUACCUGAUUGCCUAUGCCGAAGUUGGAAAAAAUUAGGCCGACUAUUGUUCUCAUGACACAAGAAUGCCUAAUACGUAAGCUGGUAAUUGUCAUAAUUUAUGCACAUCCCAAAGAUAAAACAAGUGCUCUACUUCGUUAUUGAAAGCAGCCUACAAAAUGCAAGGUCUUGUCCCCUGGAGUAUUUGGUUUCAAGAAACUUUGAGAAGGCAACUGAGAUGGGUGCUAUGCAGCGAAGAGAUAUAAAUUUCUAUCAUAUGCUGAGGGUUUGAUCUUCUUCAAUGGAUAGAAUCAGAGAACUAAGAGGAAAGCAAAAAAUCUGUGAAUCAAUCAAAUCAAGGAAAUUUUGUAGGAUAUUGAGUUAAUCAAGGUUUUUAUGGGAAUUGGAUUACCAUAUGCCACAAUUCAUGCAUUUGCUCUCUGUAUUAAUGUGAGUAGCUUCUAUAUUUCAGUCAGUUUGUGAUACGAAGAAAACUAAGCAUAAAUAACUGACUUCAUUUAUAAGAUUGAACCGCUGUUGUCAUCUGAACUUCUAUGUUGAACGUUAUUUGUUUGGCCAA